AUGCCCUGGCCGGACGACAGUACCCAAGAGGGCCAUGGCACUGAAUUCGCGCACGAUGUCUCGAUCCACCAGGCAGCCGUAAGCAAUGAUCUAGCCAAGGUUUCCGAUUUGCUAGAUGGCGGAGUCGACAUCAAUGGUCGCGACGAGUCACUCCGAACCGCAUUACAUUGUGCCAUACGUAACGAUAGUUCGUCAAUGGUUCAAUUGUUGCUAUCUCGUGGGGCUGAUACAAGCUUGCGCGACAACUUGGCCUACGAUGAACCUGAUAGCUUCAUUCCAGUAGAAACAGCCGCAUGCUGGAAUGCCAUCGCUGCAAUGCAGGAACUCAUUGCUCACGGAGUUGAUUUUGAGUCUUCCAAAGCUGUUUUUCUUGCGGCAAGAGAGAACCACUUGGACAUGCUUCGUCUACUUUUCGAGAAAGUCUCGGGCAGCCUGUUAGAUACAACACAUCGACGGGCGAUUGCGGAUGCCCUACGGGUAUCGGCCAAGAACCAGAAUCUGGAAAAGGUACAAUUUAUAUUGCAAAGAUUCGGUAGUGAGCGCGACACGAAUGCGCGUGACGAUUACUGGCAAUCCGCAUUAGACGAUGCUCUUCUGUCGGUUUUCGAUUGCGACAAUGCAGAUGGGGACGGUGGCCUGUUGGACUAUAUUCGUGAUCAGCAGUGGGAUCACGCGGUCCAAAUCAUCGACGUCUUGAUAGACGCAGGUGCAUCUGUCAAUACAUAUGGCAAAGACCCACUAAGAUGCACCGCAUUACAUGCUGCUGUCACUGAACAAGGACCACCAAUGAUUCUCAUAACUUCCCUAUUGAAUCAUGGCGCUGAUCCGAAUUUUCCCGAUUCUUCUGGACGCUCGCCAUUUUUUGAGCUACUGGGUGAUCCUCGCGCGACCGAGGAGCUUGUCAAGGUGUUCAUAGACGCUGGCGCAGUAAUUGGUUCUCCAGCUGCGGGGGGUCAGACGCCUCUACAUCAUGUACGCAGCCCAAGCAUAGCCUCCUGGCUAAUCGCUUCAGGUGCAGACGUUGAUGCUACAAAUCAAGGAGAGAUCCCUUUACACAAAGCCUGCUCGCUAGGGAUGCUCGCAUUAGUAUCUCUAUACCUAGACGCCGGCAGCCCAGUAGAUGUAAGAAAUAACUUGGGAUGGACGCCGUUCAUGCAGUCUCGUUCCGCCAGUAUCUCUAGAGCGCUGCUCAACCACGGCGCAGAUAUUCAUGCUGCCACAGCUCAAGGUACUGCAGCUAUUCAUAAGGCUGCCGCGUCAUGUACACUGGAGUUGGUCUCCUUCCUCUUAGCAAAUGGCGCAAAUAUUCACGGUCGUGCGACACGGGAGGAUCCUACGUGUGGCUCCAACGGACGGACCGCCGUUCUGAUUGAGGGCUAUACACCGCUUCAUCUAGCCAUUGCCUCUGCUCAUGGUGCGUUUGUGGGAGCAACUCUCGAGGUGGUGACUGCGCUGCUUAACCAUGGUGCUGAAAUCGAAGCUAGAGAGGGUACUGGAAAGACUCCUUUGCUGCUCGCGAUUAGUAGAAAGUACAACUCGAACGCUGAGAGCUGUACACACAACGAAAAAGUUGUGAAUUAUCUGCUGAAACGCGGAGCAGAUCCUUACGCCGUUGAUGAUGCGGGGAAAAAUGCCUUUCAGCUGGCCGAUGACAGGAAUUAUACACUUGGCGAGGUGGGGAAAUUCGAAAGGAAGCCCGCUCCUCCAAUAUCUGUUCACGAGCGGAAUUUGGGGCCGGGACGAGGUCGAGGAAGAGGAGCUUACGGCAGGGGCGGCUUCCAUUCGUAG